GAAAAGAAACCGCCCAUCACACACCCCAGCACACCAGCCCAGGAAACUUAUAACCUCGGGAGUCAGGGCCCUCCCCUCACUGUGGUUGCAAACCUCCUGAAGAGCGGACCAGACCAGCAGCCUGCUCCACUACCCAGGGCAUCUGCCUCUGUCACUGGAUACUCCAGAAUUCUCUACUUAGGAGUCACCAAAAAGCCAAGAUGCUUGUGCUGCUGGCCGGCCUCUUUGUGGUGCACAUUGCUACCGCCAUUAUGCUCUUUGUCUCCACCAUUGCAAACGUCUGGAUGGUUUCAGAUUAUGAAAAUUCGUCUGUAGGGCUUUGGAAGAACUGCACCGGUGGUAACUGUGAUGGCUCUCUGUCCUAUGGCAAUCAAGAUGCUAUCAAGGCAGUGCAAGCCUUCAUGAUCCUCUCCAUCAUCUUCUCCAUCAUCUCCCUUGUGGUCUUCGUGUUCCAGCUUUUCACCAUGGAGAAGGGAAACCGAUUCUUCCUCUCUGGGUCCACCAUGCUGGUGUGCUGGCUGUGCAUCCUGAUUGGAGUGUCUAUCUACACUCACCAUUAUGCCCGCAGUGAAGUGAACUUUUUCUCCAGCAGCCACCAAGGCUAUUGUUUCAUCCUGACCUGGAUCUGCUUCUGCUUCAGUUUCAUCAUCGGCAUACUCUACAUGGUCCUGAGGAAGAAAUAAGCUGGAUACGCCUACAGGCGUCGGGGGUUGGGGGUGGGCUGGGGAAGAGGAAGCAACUUAAUCUGGGAGGGAAGCAGAAGCCAUUGUGUAGGAAUAACCAAGAGAGGGGAGGGGGGAGGGGAGAGGGAAGGAAGAGGGGGAGAGGCCCAAACCCAAACCAUAUCUGGGGGAGUGGGAUUCUCUACUGCCAAGCACCCAUCCUCGGAAGAAAGUCGUUGACUACCAUGCUAAUGCUUCCUUGAGGCCACCAGAGAGUCCUCCUCUAGCCACCAAAUAUGGCCCCAUCGAUCCUCAAUUACAUACCCUUGAGGCCUCACCAGCUGCCACACCACUGUCACCACUCUUGAGAGUGACUGCUGGGUCCCACACUGAAGUCUUCCACAUCCAUAUCAUCAGUUUCUGAUAGUGGAAUAAGUCCUAGCCUGAGCAGAUACUGCCUCUGUGCAGAGGCUAAGCCUGGAAGCCACCUCGUCCUUGUGACCCAAAAACAAACAUCAAAUCCAGAUCCCAAGAACCUGUAGUGAGAGCUUCCGUCAGGAAUCCAAUGCCUGUAUUUGGUGGCUUUUCUAACAAAAGUGUAGAGAGAGGGGUGGUGUAUAAGGUCAAGCUGAUGGAAAUGGUUUAACCAGGAAAUGGAAGUUUUUACCCCAGAGGAACCUGGGAGACAGGCGGGGAUAGGCAGUGCUCCACAGUCAUGCUUCACUGAGCUGUCCCAUGGAGGCCUCCUGUUGUGGACUCUUCUAGACUCUCAUUUAAAGCCAAGGCAGCUUUUCUGGAGUUUUUCUAGAUUCUCUAGAGCCAAAGAUGAAAAUGCCCCACAAAAUGUAGGGUCAAAGCGCAUGCCCACCACAGUGCUAUAGUAAGGUUGCGGGUUUUUAGGAUUCCCCCAGUGCACCCAAUGUAUCUUAUCCCAAUGUAUAUGUAACAGGAGAGAGAUGCAUGUGUCCCUUUGCCAUACAAUUCUGUUAAGCUUCCUCUGAACCAGGAACAUUUGAGGAAGUCCAAUGCUGACCAACAUAACACUGGAGACCAGAACACAAUAUCUAAAUGUACUGAUCACUAUAGAUUUGGCCUGAGCUGGAGUGGUCUCCUCUCAACAGCUUUCAGCACACUAUUUUCCAGCUAAAGAUGGCAAUUCUGUAAGUUCUGUAAGCCAAUUAAAAUGUGCACCAACCUAAACUAAAGAACAAGUCCUGGGGGUGCGGGGAAGGUGCUAUCUGGUUAUGGAGUAUUAAGCAAACCAUAUUUCAUUUAUGUUAAGAACAGAGUGCCUGCUCUCAGGAAAGGUGCAAGUUUGUGAGAUGAGUAAAGUUCUGGUGAUGGGCAGACAGUUUCUUUUUUAAAAAACAGGAGAAACUCUUAGGGUAUCCAGUCAGAUGGUAGCUAAAUUGUUGGGGGCUGCAGUCUUAUUCCUGUAGGAGACUUAGAGGUAGUAUGAUAUCUCAGAUUUCUGCCUUAAAGGGCUUUCUUUUUAGAAAUGGUUUCUUUUACUGCCCUUAGAAGGUCACGCCCAGGAAGAGUCGGAGGUAUCUUUUCUACAUUUCUUUUCCUAGGAAUAUUCUUAUCCAUUUCUUAUAUACAUUUCUUUUGGGAGGGGGUUUUUAUGCUAUAGUUGCUGGUAUUUAUGUAAAGGAACCAUUACUAAGUACAUUUCUCUAGUGUAUUAUGUUUAAGGGAAUGUUCAAGGUAGGUUACUAAAUUGCUGGGCUGAUGUUAGAGAUACUGGCCAGAAAAGCUAUAAUAGAUUUUGAAAUUAUAAUUAGAUCACCAUACAUUUGUUCUAGGCUGUCUUAUGUUCAUAAUAUCAACAGACACGAGAGCCAGAAAAAGAUAGUCACAUUUUGUUAGAAAGUUGAUUUAUGACCGGAGUGAAUCAUGCAUUCCCUUGUCUUUUACUUUUUCUCUGUGACAUUUACGUCUCAUGUAAUUUGCAUUGCAUUGGUGGGUUAUUCUAGUACUGUAUUUGGCUUCUUCAUUAAUAGUAUAUUUCAUAUACUAUAAUUGUAAAUAUUUUGAUACAAAUGUUUAUAACUCUAGGGAUAUAAAAACAAAUUAUGAUUCCCUA